GCUAGUCAAUUAGUUCUAGUUCUUCAUAUUUCUGGCACAGCAGUAGAUACGCUCCUCCUCUUCCAGAUAAAAGAUGGCCAACAAGGGACCGAAGGCAUAUCGAAAGACAACACAAAAAAAUGAUUAUAAUAAAGAUUCGUGAAAAAUAUAGACCGUGUGGGAGGACGUCUAAAUAGCCGCAUAAGUCUCAAGUAUAACACAUUUUACCGCCUACCCGAACUCAAAGGCUCGUCCCGUUUCGGUAUGCACACGAGCAAUCGUAUACGCCGGCUUGAUGGUGGAAAUCCCUAUUGGACACAGUCAGUCACAUGCAAACUAGCCCCACAGCAGUUUGCUUCUGUUGUGCUUUCAUCUCGUCGCUUCUUCUCAGGUUGGAAUCUGAGAGAAAAAGGCCCCCCCAAAAAAGAAAAGCUUGAUCGGGAAACAAAAGACGAAGGAAAAAGGGAAAAAGGAAAAAAGAGAGAAAAACGGGGUGAGACGUCAUUCAGGUGCCCGUUGCCUCAUUGUUCCAUUGUCAGUCGGCCGAUCUCGACCUCCCCUCUCCUCUCUGUUUGUUCCUCGUUUUAGCAGUGUGUGUGUGAGCGUGUUUGAGCUUGUUUGCAUCAUGGCUCGGUGGAGAUUAGUCUCGAUUGCUCUCGUCGUCACGACAUUUUUUAUCAUUGCCACCGUGAAUGCCCAACGACUCCAUCACCACGACUCCAUCACUCAACUUUUAAAAGAUCCAGAACGGCUCGAAAUCGUUCACGCCAUGCUGAAAAAAUACAAAGCCAAAAUCAUGAAAUCGCCUUUUGGUGAUCCUGUCAACAGCAUGGGACCCCCAGUUUGGGUCGGAAAUUUUCCGCCAUCACUGCCUAACGAUCAAGAGUUCUUUUUGGAACAGAAUACGAACGACACAUUUAUCAACGAGCCUACAAAACGCAAUGGACACCAUAAUCACCGGUUAGUUCGAUCAAGAAAUGAGCCCUUAUCUGAAGAGAUUUGCAAAACAAACAGAUACUGGAAGCAAAUCAACGACACACGAGAUAUUUACGGACAAGAAGUGCGCAUCGUUCACAGCUCAGAAUAUCGACAGUUUGCCUUCGUUUACGAGUGCAUCAGAGAGGGGGAGCAUUGUACAGGCAUAUCGGAGCACCUACAAUCGACCUGUGAAAUGCGGCCCGGUUGGGCCAACAUGUUACACGUCAAAUUAACGACAGUCGACACCAGUUUGGCACCUCAGUGGGGUUACGUCGCUGUACCUCACCACUGCGCUUGCAGAAUUUAUCCUCGAGUCAAUCCAUUCAUUCCCUAAUUGCACGUAUAUAUCAAUUUGAUUUUUAAAUCUCCCCCCGUGAUGAAAAACACAAAAUUUCAAACAAUGUUUCUCCGCUGACAGCCCCCACUGUGAAAAGAAAAUGGGCAACAGCAUUUAUUAUUCCCUUUCAUUUGUGUUCAUAUUUUCGAUGUUAUUUGCCAAUCUCGUUCUUUGUAAAAAUAUCCGUAAGUUAAAAAGAAAAACAAAAUCAGCAUUGCAGUUUACACAACACACACACGUUUAUUGGUGGGAUAUGAAUUCGGUUAUAGUUUGCGUGUUUUGAGUGAGUGUGCGUGUACAUGUAUAUGUGCGAAUUAUUGAUUUGUUCCCUGCUCUCCUUAUUAUAUACAAAUGAUAUUUCUAGAUGGUCUCAUUUACGGUGGUCGCGACUUACACCCCUAUCAGUUCCAAUAAUAUCCCCUCAUCAUGAUUUGUUGAUUUGAAUUGAGUUAAGGAAUAAACAUAUACAAUCAACGAA